GUUCCUCCUAAGCACGUUCGCCAUCUUUUCUUACCUUGGUGUUUGUGUUUGCUUUUCUAGUCAAGGCACAACAUUUAAAUUUUGUUAGAGUGGAGAGAGGUUCCGUUCUUCGUCGCCUUGACAGACCCACGAGUUGAGGAAUCGCCUCUCUAAACUAAACUGACGCUACGCGGCUUGUCUGCAGCACGCUGCUAUGGACAUAACACUGAUACGUCCUGAUUCAACUUCACCUUAGGGUAAGACUGGCGAGGUCUCUAACUUACGCCAUGUCGAUACCAACCUCACGGCAAUUUGGCCUAGAGUUGUUCAGAGCGGCAAGACGAUAUCGACCAGCUCUCCGGUAUCUUCAAAAACCCGAGAUUCGACAACCGGCCGAUUCCUGUGCCAGAUUCUUUAGAUUCCAAUCCGCUUUUCGAACUGCGUCGUUCAAGCCGGCGCCGAAACCGCCUCCUAAUGCUCGUCGUCUGCGUCCCUUCCCCGUCCUCGCUGCAGGCGGUGGACUCCUCACCGUACUCUUCUCCGUCCUCCAACCUGUUUCCCACGAGCCUCUUGAGGUGCCCCGAGACGUAGACCCACCUCCCGACUCGGCUUCUAGCGACGAUGACGACGGUUUGCCACGCUAUAGGCUUUCAGAGGUCAAAGAGCAUGGGCCAAAAUCCGAAAGGCCUUGGGUGAUAUACGAGGACAAGGUAUACGACAUAACAGACUGGGUCCCUGCCCACCCUGGUGGUGAGGUUAUCCUCCGUGCCGCCGGCGGUAGCAUCGAACCGUACUGGAACAUCUUUUCUAUCCACAAGUCGCCGUACGUCCGCGAGAUUCUUGAACAGUAUGUAGUUGGAAAGGUGCAUCCGGAUGAUCUCGAGAAUGGAAGACCGCUGCAGGACCAUAUCGAAGAUCCGUUUGUGGCCGACCCUGUCAGGGACGCAAGGCUGAUGAAGCUAACGCAGAAGCCGUGUAACGCGGAGACCCCUGGGAAUGAAUUGGCAGAAUAUUUUCUCACUCCUAACGAGGUUUUCUACGUCCGUAAUCACAUGUGGGUUCCUGUCGUGGAAAAUACCGAAGCCGAGGAUCAUAGUAUCACCGUUGAACUACCCGAUGGUGACAUCAAAACCUACAGCAUCAAGGAUCUCAAGGCUCGAUUUAAGCAGCAUACUGUAACGGCUGUUUUGCAAUGCUCUGGAAACCGACGUAGCGAUAUGACCCGCUAUGCGAAAAAAACAAAUGGUUUACAAUGGACGGUCGGCGCAAUCAGCUGCGCAAAAUGGGAAGGCGUGCGACUACGAGACGUCCUCGCCGACGCCGGCCUGUCUCUCGAAGACCCGGGAGAGGAUGCCCAACACGUCCAAUUCUCAGGACUAGAAGCAUAUGGUGCCAGCAUCCCUAUCGCGCCGGUUCUCGAUCCCAUGGGAGACGUGCUCCUCGCGUUCAAGAUGAACGAUGCCCCCCUUCCACGCGACCACGGCUUUCCGGUUAGGGUGAUUGUUCCAGGUCAUGUAGCGGCUAGAUGCGUCAAGUGGGUGAACAAGAUCGUAGUGAGCGACGAAGAGAGUAAUACGACAUGGCAACGCCGCGAUUACAAGUGCUUCGGACCAAACGAAGUCAAGCAGGAUUGGGACAAGUACAAGGCUAUCCAAGUGAUGCCCAUUACGAGCGCGAUCACGCGUACGAGACUAAAGCCUUCAGAAAAGAUACCAGGCGAAAAUACCGGGGAGUCAGCCGAGAGAUCUGUUGUUCAGAUCGAAGGGUACGCCUAUUCGGGUGGUGGGCGAGAGAUCCAGCGUGUCGAUAUAAGUCUUGAUGGUGGGGAGACGUGGGACCAAGCACAGCUGGUUGACGAUACCAAACUCGAAAGAGGAAGUAAAGCAUGGUGCUGGAAGAGGUGGCGGUACGAGGCCGGACUGUCCGAAGUUGCGAAAGGCUCGAAGGGUGCGUCGAGGACUACCCUCGUCGUCAAAGCUACGGAUGACGCAUAUAACACCCAACCCGAGACCCACAAGAGCAUAUAUAAUAUACGCGGUAACUUGGCUACAGCAUGGCAUCGCGUAGAUCUCGACUACGCCAUCGCCCCUAAGGAUAGAGAAAAAGGCAGGAGUAAUGAAUAAAUACCAUCUAGCCCUAUGGUAGGAAGACAUGGGCCUGUUGGCCAAGGUUCACUUAUUGUAUACUAACGGUGUAAUAAGCUUUGGUGUUCAGGUCUUAUGAACCGACGCGAUUUAGCUCGACCCCGGAGAAUGGGAGUUCUUGGUUGAUACGACUCGGAAACACAGUGUAAAACUUGUCUAGCAUUAGACUGAUUUAAUAGCUAACAGGUAAUAUUUUAAUAUAGAUUCAUAUUUAG